AUGAGUAGCAACAAACUAAUAAAAACUUAGUCAGAACAAUAAACCAAUGGUGAAGAUGAAUCCACAAGACAUCUAAACGAUAUCAUAGGUGUGAAACCUACUCAAAUCGAAUAACUUCCUUCUUACUCCAUCAAUUUUAGAAGUCUGAGACAAAGGUAUGGCUCAAUUUAAGAUUAAUAUCCAUUACCACUUAAAUUUGAAUAAUUAUUAUAAACUAUGAAAAUCAUAGAACAGACUUAUUGGAAAAAGAAGAAGCCAAUCAUUUAUGAAAUUAAAACCAAUGCUUUCAAAAUCUUAUAAAUUGGAUAAUUAUUAAAACUCGAUUAAGAACUUUACGACAUUAAAAUUGUUGAAAAAUCUGUGCAAAUCACUCCCAACGAUGUCCCUAUUGAGAAUUUGCCUGCAUUUCAGCCUUUUGCUCAACAAUUAGCUCCUAUCUUCGAGAACAGGAUAGCUGGAGUCAGAAGCAAACUGGAUCGAUUAGUAUAAUAAGUUCAUGAAAAAUAUCUAGAUGUGAUAGGUGAAUCGGAUUUCAAUGAGCAAUCAAUGAAAUUCAAAGUCUAUCAUCCUACAUUUGACCUUAAUUUGGUCCCUGACAUCAUCCCAUAACAAUUACCCUUCUAAAUUUAUUCAGAAGAACAGAGAGUUCAACUGUAGUAGAUCAUCGAGAAUACAAUUCAAUACUUCACUAAGAGAACGGUCUCCUUUAUGUUCUAUCCCAACCUGGUUAAUUAUUUGUUGACAAAGAUCGAGAUGAAUAAAGAGCAGAUGGAAAAAUAUAUACAGUUUUUGAUGAAGGUUCAACCUGAUUUUCUGUAGAUUACUAAUUAAAAGAAGGAGUAACUAAAAGCGAAAUGGAUAAUCUAAAUUAAUAAGUCAAGUACUGUAGAAAAUCAAAUUCAAUAAUUGAGAACUUAUUUUUAUUGA